GGAACGUGCACGCCGCAGGCGCGCGCCGGCACUGGCGGCUCUCUGCCGCGGUGGAGCUGCCGUGACGAUGGUGGCCAGCGGGCGGGCGCGGAAGCUGGCGCGGCGGUACCGGGUGGCAGUAGUCACGGCCCUUGCAAUACUCCUGCUCCAGGGACUCGUCCUCUGGACCUCCGCCGGCCUCGACGAGGAGGGGCCGGUCGAGGAACAGCAGAAAAAAAACAGGUUGCCUGAGAGCAGUGACAGCUCCAAGGACUCGGACAGCUCUGCCGGGCGUCGAGGCAGCACCAGCCGGAAGCAUGGGCGAUGGCGGGGACGGCUGGACAGCCCUGGGGCGCUGGUGUCCAAGGUGAUGAGAGCCGUCACAGCAAGACACAGACCAGGGGGGAGGCUGCCAGCCGUACUGGACACCUCCAGCCACAGGAACCUGUCAGAGCUGCGCAGGGAGGCCCAGCUGGCCAUCUUCCAGCAGGGUGACACAGGCAGUGUGGAGGGGGCUCCUCAACCCACUGAGAAUAGUUUUACCCCAAAAUGUGAAAUCACAGGCAAAGAUGCCCUCUCAGCACUGGCUCGGGCCAGCAGCAAGCAGUGCCAACAGGAGAUCGCCAAUGUGGUGUGUCAGCACCGGGCAGGCAACCUCAUGCCCCAGUCUGUGCCUCGCCACUGCCAGCUCUCAGGCAAGGUCAGCCCUGUCAUCCAGUGGGACGAGAGCCAGCUGCAGCAGGUGCCCCCCAGCAAGCCUGUGCGCAUUGCCUACAUGCUGGUCGUACAUGGCAGGGCCGUUCGCCAGCUGAAACGGCUCAUCAAGGCUGUGUACCACCAGCAGCACUUCUUCUACAUCCACGUUGACAAGCGCUCCAACUACCUUCAUCGAGAGGCAGUGGAGCUGGCCCAGCACUACCCCAACAUCCGUGUAACACCCUGGCGCAUGGUGACCAUCUGGGGAGGUGCCAGUCUGCUGAAGAUGUACCUGCGUAGCAUGAAGGACCUGCUGGAACUGGCUGAGUGGCCCUGGGACUUCUUCAUCAACCUAAGUGCCACCGACUACCCCACGAGGACCAACGAGGAGCUGGUGAUGUUCCUGUCCAAAUACCGAGAUAAGAACUUCUUGAAGUCUCAUGGGCGAGACAAUGCCAGGUUUAUCAAGAAACAGGGCCUGGACCGCCUGUUCCACGAGUGUGACUCCCACAUGUGGCGACUGGGUGAGCGCCACAUCCCCGAGGGCAUUGUGGUGGAUGGUGGCUCCGAUUGGUUCUCACUGACGCGAAGCUUUGUGGAGUAUGUGGUCUACACUGAUGACCAGCUGGUGUCCCAGCUGCGCCAGUUCUACACCUAUACACUCCUGCCAGCUGAGUCCUUUUUCCACACGGUCCUGGAGAACAGUCACGCCUGUGACACUCUGGUUGACAACAACCUCCGCGUGACCAACUGGAACCGGAAGCUGGGCUGUAAGUGCCAAUAUAAACACAUAGUCGACUGGUGUGGGUGCUCCCCAAAUGACUUCAAACCCCAGGACUUCCUCCGGCUACAGCAACUCUCCAGACCCACCUUCUUUGCCCGCAAAUUUGAGUCGACAGUGAAUCAGGAGGUGCUGGAGAUCCUGGACACACACCUCUAUGGCAGCUACCCCCCCAACACGCCAGCCUUGAAGGCAUACUGGGAGAGCAUCUACGACCGUGUCGAUGGGCUCAAUGGCCUCAGUGAUGUCACGCUCACCUUUUACACUGCCUUCUCCAGGCUGGGGCUCCACAAAGCUGCAUCCACACCGGCAGUGAAGGCAGACAAGCUCUGCAGAUUUGAGCCCCAGGGCUUCCCAUCCAGUGUGCACUUAUAUUUCUAUGACGACCAUUUCCAGGGUUACCUGGUGAUGCAGGAAGUGCAGAAUUCAGCAACUGGGCAGACAGAGUUACUAGAGAUGUGGAUGAUGCCCCAAGGAGCUCUGAAGCUGGCAGGUCAUGGAGAGCAGGCAAACCGUUUACAAAACCUUGAGGUGGGAACAGAGUGGGACCCAAAGGAAAGACUCUUCCGCAAUUUUGGAGGUUUGAUGGGUCCUUUCGAUGAGCCAGUGGCCAUGCAGAAGUGGUCACGAGGCCCCAACCUGACAGCCACAGUGGUGUGGAUUGACCCCACCUACAUCAUUGCUGCCUCCUAUGACAUCACAGUAGAUGCUGAGGCAGAGUUCACCCAGUACAAGCCCCCCCUCAAUCAUCCCCUGCGCCCUGGCAUCUGGACCAUCCGCCUCCUCCAGUUCUGGGAGCCUCUGGGGGAGAGCCAGUUCCUGGUGGUGCCCCAGACCUUCAACCGCAAGCAACCUCUCAGGAAAGAUGACAGCAAUUGGCUGCAUGGUGGUCCCCCCCGCAACGAGUACAUGGAGCAGAAUUUCCAGGGCCUGGGAGGGAUUCUCAACCUGCCACGCUCUGAAGAGGCAGAGGAGGAUGCUGUGCAGAAGGCUCAGCUGACGGGCAAGGAGCUGGAGGACUGGGUGGACAAUGCCAUUGGCACCUUCUGGUCCGUGGCAGAUGUCUGCAUGGGCAGCCCCUCUGCUUGCACCUCCCUGCAGACCUGCAGCAAAACCUCCUGGAGCUCCCUCUCCCCAGACCCCAAGUCAGAACUGGGGCCUGUCAAACCUGAUGGGCGGCUGAGGUAGCAGAGGCAGCCAGUGGGGUGGCAGCAGCCUUGGGAGCAAGGAAUAUCCCCUGUCUCCAGCAUGGAGGUGUCUCUGGACUACAUCACCCCGUGACCUUUGCAGCAUAAUCAACCAAGGAAGAGAGAACAGGAAUCCAGGCUGAGUAAAACCUUCCAUGGGGUAUUUGGGCAGAGGGGGAGAUGGGAGUUUAGUUUUUGCCCCCCUCUCCCAAAAACGGGCAUUUGCUGGCCAGACAGAGCAUGCUGGGGUGUCUAGCACUGUGGAGUCAUGGAAGGAGAUGUACAUUUGUUACUUCAGGCCCUAGAGCCUUGGGAAGGAGUAAUGGGGAGGGAGGUAAGGCUGGUGGAUAGGUGGGUUCUGGAGCAGCUUGGCGUCAUGCUGAGUCUUGGGCUGGAUCUCUGAAGAGCUAGGCCCUGUAUUGCUGAUGGAUCCAUAGGAUGGCUGGCAGAGGGCACUAGGGAUAGGCAGAAGCAGAAUGGGUCGAAGCCUGCUGUAUGCAGAGAGCUGCUAGUGGCCCGGGACCUGCAUCUCCUCCCUUCUGCCCCAGCCCGUUAGUUUGUAUUUUAUAAAUAUAUAGAGAAAUAUAUAUGAUGCAAAGUGCAAUAGAGACAAGGCCCCGCAGUGGCCGGGAAGUCCUUGUGUCUCCAUCUCCCCUCAGACUGUAAUGUACUUUGUUCUCUUGGUGUCCUGGCACUACAGGACAAGGUGCUGGGUCGUUUACAGUUUUUUAAUUAACGUUAUUACUGGUUUACUCUUUCUCCAUUUCUCACUGGGGGCUGCUGGGCAGCUGCACCCUCCUGUCUUAAGGCAGGGUUGGUUGUGGGGUGCUGCGGGCCCCCUGAGGCAGAUGCCCAACUGUGCCAAAUGUUUGGAGCUGCCCAUGCGUGGUGUUCAACAGCAAGUGAAGGAGCGCAUGGUUAAUGAAUCAAGUCCAGCAGCCUGCUGUACACCCUUCCACGUCUGUCUCAACCUCAGCAAAGGGACACUUCAGUCCCCUGCAAAAAUGUCAUCACAGGGCUGCUGUCCUGCUACAGAUGAGACAGAAGUUUGCAAUGCUCAGUUGGAUGCCCUGUGCCAUGCCCCUUUGCACAACCUUUUCUCCCAUGCUGGCAGAAGUUCCUGGAGUCUGCUGUACUUUUCUAGCCAAGAAGCAAAGAGACAAGACAGCGGUCUGCAUGUCUCCAUAUGCUCUUUGCUGUUUCUGCUUCCACCUCCCCAGCUCCAGAGGAAAGAAAUACCAUCUUGUCUGGGAAAAGGGUGCAGCAGAGCAUCCCCCUUCCUCACCAUCCUCCAGUACUGCAUCAAGACAUAUGGAUUUGGUUUUCACACUUGGAAAAUGCUUCAGAUCUCACCUGCAGCCUGGGAAAGGGGAAUUGCCCCUUUGCAGGGCUGGGGCAGGGGAACUGAUGAAGAUUAGCUGGAUCCUGUCAAGGCAGGAGCUGGUGACUGGGAGCCUUGGCCAGUUGGGUUUUGCUAUCUCUAAAGCUAUGUGCCAUCCGUCAUCUUCCUCUAAAGCCUUGGCGUUCCCAAAGGACAUUGGUGCUGCAGAUGUGUUGUGAAACAGCACAUGGAGACCUGGAUAUGGAAGGGCACAUACCUGCUGGCAUCUCAGCCCAUCCAUCAUGUGCCCACUCCCUCAGAGAGUGCAUUCUGGGGCUACGGAGGAAUGCAGGGUGAGAGGGACUGUGCAGGGUCUGGUCUCACUCUAGGGGAGCGUGCCAAAAGUUGUCAGAAGCAUUAUGUAAAGUUGUCUUAAAUAUGAAACAUCACCACAAAUAUAUCUCUGUCUCCAUGG